UGAAGCUGGUCGCAAAUCCAACCAACGGGAAAACAGAACCACUGAAUAAAUGGCUCUAAUAUUUUAAUAUUUAUGGUUUCAUGGUUAAAGUCAUACAUGUACAGUAUGAACCGAUUUUAUCUAUCUAAAAACGUGAUUUCGAAAAUCAUUGCAAGAAAUAGUUCCGUUGUUGGACUCGAGUCGACUUCACAUUGCCAAAACCUUGACCUGACAGUGACAAAUUGCAGACAUUUGACCUCUGAUCUGUAUCCAAAACUUUCAAGACAACAAGUAUCAUGGUAUCUUAGAUAUCAUGAAUAUUAUAGUGGAGAAAUAAAUGAUGGUGUCUUGAAGUCAUUCACAACCAACAAGUUGGCAUCAAACAACCCAAUCGAAGACCGUGCUGCUGAAGUUCGACUUGUUCAUUCAGACGGGAGAAAAAAUGAGUAUUUGUUUGGAGUUUUUGAUGGACACGGAGGCUGUGCAUGUGCUCAAAUUUUAUCAGAACGACUGUUCAGCUAUGUAGCUCUAAUGUUAUCAUCAAAUGAUUUGCUAAGGAAAAUUCAGUUAGAGAAAAUAGACCCAUGUAGGGAUCUUAUCUACCGAUUUACACACAAGGACUAUUAUCAUAGUCAAGAUAUGGAGCAUCUUUAUAGAGUUGCUUUACAGCGCCUUGCAAGAGAUUUGUUAUCUGCUCCAAAUGAUGACAGCACGGUUGAAGACAUCUUUAAAGCUGCAUUUUUGAGAUUGGACCAUGACAUUCUUGCAGAUGCUCUUCCAAAGGAAGGUCAUGGGGAUAUCAAUAUAGAAAAUUUGUCACUUGCAUUAACAGGGUCAUGUGCUAACUUGGCAUACAUAACUGGCACAGAUGUUUAUGUAGCAAAUACUGGUGAUUGCAAGGCAGUUAUUGGACACCAAAUUGGUCAAGAUGAAUGGAUUCCCAUUAUGCUGUCAUAUGAACAUGAUGCAGAGAAUGAAAAAGAAGUUACAAGAAUAUGUAGUGCUCAUCCUGGUGAAAGUGACACUGUUUUGAGAAAUGGACGUUUAUUAGGUGACCUAGCACCAUUACGUGCAUUUGGAGAUGCUCGGUACAAAUGGCCAUCUGCUGUUAUGAAGCAUGCGUUGAACAUCUUCAGCCCAAAUGGUAUAAGCAUCUAUGGAGAAAGUUUAAUUCCUCACAAUUAUAAGACUCCCCCAUAUUUGACUGCUGAGCCUGAAGUUGUACAUCAUGCACUAAGUGCACGAGACAAGUUCAUGGUUAUUGGAUCUGAUGGACUGUGGGAGCUUCUGAAACCCAAUCAAGUAGUUGAUCUUAUUGCUGCUCACAUGGACGACAGGCAGAUUAUUUCACAGUUUGUAGUUCCACAAAGUGGAAUAACUUUGAAAGAAAUAAAUGAUGUUCUUAAGGUGCGCAAGAGGAUACUUGCCAAAAAGCCAGAAGAUGAAAACGUUGCCACCCAUGUAUUGAGAAUGGCAUUGGGUCCUGAUCAUACACAAUUGUCACAGUAUUUAACAAUUCCACCCAACAUUGUAAGGAAUUAUAGAGAUGAUAUUACAAUUACAGUUGUGUAUUUUGAUACAGACUAUAUUGCUGAAAGGAAUGAGUAAUACCUAUGUUGGUGUAAGUAUUGUUGUAUUAUUUAGUUGGAACUGUGUAUGAACACAUUCUUAAUAUGAAUACUCAUAAUUGUUACCUUUGUUAGUCAAGAAACAUGUAUAAUAAAAUAUCAUGUGUAUCUGCAGUUCAGUUUUAUUGUUGUGAAAUGAUUUUCAAGUUGAGCAAUUUAUUGGAAAGGUUUUUUAUUGUUCUUACUGUGUGCAUGUAAUGUUAAUCUGUUUAUUUAAAAAAAAAUGUAUCUAAUUUCUUAUGCAAAUGAAAUUUUUGUGCUACGUUAACACACAAAGUUGCUGCAACAAGGUCAAUAAAUCAUGUUGUGAAUAGUAUAACAAACAUACAUUACGAUUUAAAAAUUCAAGCCAUGUUUGAAUAGACUCAUGAAUAACAAUGAAACUUGCUCUGAGCAUUAAUUUUGUUCUCCUGAUUUCCCUAACAAGUAAGAUAUGGCUCCUGUUAAAUUCAAUUGAAUAUCAUGUCUGUCUUGGGGUAUGGCAGUUUUCCUUAUUAGGUUCAAAAUCACAUAUUUAACAAGCUAAUUGUGGAAAUCUUUAAGAGAAUAAAAAAUGUGUCACCCUUUCAGCAAAGAGGGUCAAUGGGUUAUGCUUUUGAGUUUGGAAUCAAAGUAUGGCACUUAAAUGACCAUUGCUCAUGUUUUGAUAAAGCUAUGUAACUCUGACUGGCAUUUUGACAGAAUUAUGUGCCCUUUUUAUACUUAGAAAAUUGAAAAUUUGGUUAAGUUUUGUGUUUAGGUCCACUUUAUUCCUACAGUAUCAAAGCUAUUGCUUUCAUACUUGCAACACUUAUUAACUAUCAUAAGGGGUCUGUGCAGGCAAAGUUAUGUAACUCUGACUGGCAUUUGGACGGAAUUAUGGGCCCUUUAUACUUAGAAAAUUGAAAAUUUGGUUAAGUUUUGUGUUUUGGUCCACUUUACCCCUAAAGUAUCAUAGAUAUUGCUUUCAUACUUGGAGCACUCGCAAACUAUCAUAAGGGUACAGUAAAAGGACAAGUUGCAUAACUCUGGUUGUCAUUUUUACGGAAUUAUGGCCCUUUUUUGACUUAGUAACUUUGAAUAUAUGGUUAAAUUUUGUGUUUUGAUCCACUUCACUUCUAAAGUAUCAAGGCUAUUGCUUUCAAAAUUCAAAUACUUUAAUGCUAUCAUGAGGUUACUGUACACGGCAAAUUGAAUUAUACUUGACCUUUGAAUGACCUUGACUCUCAAGGUCAAAUUAUUAAAUUUUGCUAAAAUUGCCAUAACUUCUUUAUUUAUGAUUAGAUUUCAUUGAUACUUUGACAAAACUACUCUUACCUGACAUACCACAAUAGACACCACCCAAA